UGGUGGAGCCGCUGUCGCCUCAGCCUCAGCCGAGCCCCGCGUGCGGCUCGAGCUCGGCAACGGCUGUUGGCAAAGGAGUGCGUGUGUUAAAGAGAAAUAUGAAACGAAAUGCCAGCAGGAGCUGCCUAGGAAGGAAGAGUAGUCUGGGCUUACGAGAGAGGGAAUGGCUGAAAGGGGAUGUACGAAGGGGGUGUUUAUAUAUUCACGGAAAGGAGAUGAUGUCUUCAGCCUCCACUUCUUCAUCGACUGUAUCAUUGUCAUCUUCAUCAUGUUCUAACUCAUCUUCUGGGCCAGACCUGCAACUGGUACUCUGCAGCACUGAAACCACUGCUGCAGAGCUGUGCACUCAGGAUGGGGACAAUGUCUACCUGCAACUUCAUGGAGAUCUGAUCAGAAGAAUGGAUCCUGAUGAAAGGCCUCUGCAAAUCCUUUAUGAUUACCUGUCUGGAUUAGGAUUCCAGGAUCCAGUACGAAUACAAGAGGAAGCAGCCGUGGCUGACUUGAGCUGCAUGAUUAGACUUUAUCAUGGGAAACCAAGUAGCGUAGAACAACUAGAUCGGAUUCAUCUUUCUGGUGUGUUUAGUGUUCGGAAAGGCAAAACCCAGCUACACAAAUGGUCAGAACGGCAGGUCAUUCUCUGUGGGACCUGCCUCAUUGUGUCUUCAGUGAAGGAAUGCCAGAUGGGAAAAAUGCAUGUGCUUCCUCUUACUGGAGGCAAGGUGGAUGAAGUAAAACGACGACAGCACUGCCUCAUGUUCAGCUCUGCCGGGCCACAGGGACAAACUUAUUAUGUCGCGUUUGAUACAUAUCCGGAGUACCUACGGUGGCUCAGACAAGCUUCCAAGGUGGUCUCUCAGCGAAUCGGCACAGUUGAUCUAUCAUGCUUCAGCCUUGAGGAACUUCCUGAAUAUCUCUUCUUUAGCCAAGAUAUCACAAAUCUUAACCUUCGGCAGAAUUUUAUACAAACAGAUAUUGCACUCAGCAGCCUAAACAGAUUUACUCAGCUCAAGAGCCUGAAUCUGUCAAAUAAUAAACUGCUAAAAUUUCCCGUUUCCUUGUGUGAAAUGUUCACUCUGAGUGAACUCAACCUAUCAUGCAACAGGAUACACAACAUUCCUGUGGAGAUUGGAAACUUGCAGAACCUUCAAACGUUCAUUUUGGAUGGGAAUUGCCUUCAGAACUUGCCUUCUGAACUGGGAAAUUUGCAGCAGCUCACACACCUUGGCUUGUCCUUCAAUGAUUUCACAGCAAUCCCAGCCGUCUGCGUCACACUUGUAGCCAUGGAGAAGAUUAGUAUGGCUGGAAACCGCUUACAGAUAUUGGCAUUGGAAACGCUGGGAGAAAUGACACAAAUCAAACACCUGGACCUAAGGCUGAAUUCGAUUUGUUCAGUAGUGAUGGAGAACCUAGAGGCAAUCAAUCACGUAACUUGCCUGGAUCUGCGAGAUAAUCUGUUGACUGAGCUCGAUUUAAGUGUAGUUGGAGGUAUUGAACAACUGCACUGUGAACGCAACAAUCUGACCACCCUCACAUUAAGUGGUUUCUCUCUGAGGGCACUGUAUGCUGGCUCCAACCAAUUGACAACACUAAGUGUCUACCCACUUCCUGGUCAGCUGGUCCACCUUGAUCUCUCAAGGAACAGACUGGAAUCUGUACCUGAUUGGGUCUGUGAUACCAAGAAACUAGAGCUGCUGGAUGUUAGUCAUAACCUGAUUACAGAAUUACCUAUGAGGUUAUUCUCUAGCUUGAGCCUACAAAAGCUGUUUGUUGGACACAAUCAUCUUCAGAGUCUCCCCAACCAAGUGGAACACACCCCUCUGGAUGUUUUUGAUGUGCAACACAACCAACUAGCAGAGCUCCCAGAAUGCUUGUUCCUGAAGGCCUUGAACCUAAGAAUUCUUAAUGUGUCUGCAAACAAUCUGGAAUCGUUACCUCCCAGCAGUGAUACUGAGGAGAGUCUUAGCGUGCUUCAGGAACUUUAUUUAACGGGGAACAACCUGACUGAUAAGUGCGUUCCAAUGUUGACUGGACACCCACGCCUUCGAGUGCUUCACAUGGCUUACAACCAGCUACAGUCAUUUCCAGCUAGCAAGCUGACAAAGUUGGAGCUAUUAGAGGAGCUGAAUUUAAGCGGGAACAAACUGAAGGCCGUUCCUACCACUAUCACCAGCUGCAAGAGGCUGCAUACCCUCGUCGUCCACUCCAACAGCAUCACUGUCUUCCCUGAGAUCUUGCACUUACCCGAGAUUAAGCUGGUUGACCUCAGUUGUAAUGAGCUUACAGAGAUCUUGAUGCCUGAGACGCUCCCAUCCACCCUUCAGGAACUGGACUUGACUGGUAACACAAACCUGGUCCUUGACCACAAGACCCUAGAAAUAUUCAGUCAUAUUGCCACUUUGAAAAUUGAUCAGAAACCACCAGUUCUGACAAAUGAUUCCAUGGGAGGUCCUACGCUUUGGAGUCAUGGCUACGCUGAAAUGGCAGGACACAGGAACAAACUCUGCCUCUCAGUGCUUGCCCUAGACAGCUUUGGAGAUAACUUGGAAGCCUUGUAUGGUGUAUUUGACGGAGAAAGGAAUAUGGAGAUCCCACGUUUGUUGCAAUGCACUGUGGGAGAUGUGCUGGCAGAGGAAUUGCAGCAAUCCAACACGGACAAUGUUUAUAUGACCCACACGUUCCUCGUGUCUCACAGAAAACUGGGGAUGGUGGGACAGAAGUUAGGCUCCUCAUCGGUGCUUUGUCACAUUCGACAUGAUCCCAGUGACCAUAACAGCAACUUCACCCUCACUCUGGCCAAUGUGGGCAGUUGUCAAGUGGUGGUGUGUCGCGAUGGGCAGCCAUUGCUGCUCUCAAAAGUGUUCAGUCUUGAGCAGUGUGAUGAGGAGCUGGAAAGAGUGAAACAACAAAAAGCUAUUAUAACUGAGGACAACAAAGUGAAUGGUGUGACUUGUUUUACACGUCUGUUGGGCUGCACCUACCUGUUCCCGUGGGUCCUUCCAAAACCCAAUGUUCACACAAUAUCACUUACUGCUCAGGAUGAAUUCUUCAUCUUAGGCAACAGGACACUCUGGGAAAAUGUGUCGUAUGCUGAGGCGAUAGAAGCUGUUCAGAAUGUGCCUGAUCCUCUCGCAGCAGCCAAGAAACUUUGCACGCUUGCCCAGAGCUACGGUUGCCACGACAACGUUGGGGUUGUGGUGGUGAAUUUGAGUAUUGGAGAGGACAGCUGCACAUGCGAAGUCCAUGGAGUUCCGAUGCCAAGUCCAGGCAUGUAUGCUCCACCUGUUAACAUGUUAGUAAAAGAGAGCGCGCAGUUUCCGGUUACCCCAUCAUCUAGUAGCGGUAUAGCAUCUGAAUUCAACAGUGAGAUGUCUGCUUCAGAAGUCAGCAGUGAGGUGGGAUCUACAGCUUCAGACGAGCAGCCGGCCACAAGCCUGGAGGCUGGUGCGGUCCCUCGCUCUGAACGCCGCUGCAGUCUGCACCCGAGCACUUCGACCAGUGUCUUUCAGCGGCAGCUUUCUAGCGCUACAUUUUCCAGUAACCACUCUGACAAUGGCCUUGACAGUGAUGAUGAUCGACCGGUUGAAGGAGUCAUUUCUAAUGGCAGCAAACUAGAAGUCGAAGCGGACAUUCACUGUUUCCAAUUCAGAGUUCCUGGGAUUUCCUCCCCUUCACAAGUUGGUGACGAAGGGCUGUUUGUUAGUAUGUCUGAGGAUGACAGUCCAGGAGCCUACUUAAAGGUACAGAGGCAAAAUGGUGUAAACGCUGGGUCACCGUUAACAGUUAAUAAAGAAGGAAAUGAUCUGAAGAAAUCUCCGUCUGCCUUGAACCUACAGGGCAAGAAGUUUUCAAAUGGGUCUGUGGUCCCUCUUGAGAAAAGCCACAAUAUUAUUGAAGUGGCCACAGAGGCACCAAAGAAAAAGUGUGGGUAUUUUGCAGCACCUGCACAGCCAGACCCAGAGGAUCAAUUAAUUGUGCCACCAGACUUAGAAGAGGAUGUAAAGGAGCAAAUGAAGCAACAUCAGGAUCCAGUUUCGGAGGCUGAAUCUGAAAGAGACAGUAGCAGAUGUGCCCAACAGGAAGUUUAUGACACAGCACUGUAGCACUUCUUUAUCUUCUGCAUCAAUGGAUUAUUUACUCUUCAUUCAUAGACAAGAUACGAGCUAGGAUAUUAUUGUAUUGGAUAUCUCUUGUACAAAAGUCAAAAUAUUUAAGUUGUACAUGAUAU